AACGCAGACGAGCCCGUCACUGGCUGUGACAGGUUCCGACGCGGCCAGAUCCACCUCUGGGCAGAGCGCGGAUCAAGAGUCCUCAGAGCUGUGACUGCACGGUUGCUAGAGCGAACAAUGAACUGAAGAGCGAGGUCGGGGAUCAUGUUACUGCCCGAGAAGCUACAGCGCGCGGCCAGUCCGCAGUGACCGCUGGAGCGAACGUGCUCCAAAUAGUACCCUCCUGGCUCCCGGGAGAGGUGGCAGAGCCCUAACGCCAUCCAUCUCCAAGGGCAACAGCGCAGCGGCACUUCCUUUAACGUCAUGAUGCAAAGGACGCUACCUACGUCACUUCCUCUGCCCGUCGUCAGGCAAGUUGACGUAAUUGUUGUAAACUAGCGUUUGAAGCUUGAUAUCGCUCUUACUUUUACGGGGAUGAAACCUGUUUUAGAAAGGUGAAAUCGUCGCUGGUCUCGCUGGUGACUGGCUCCUUUUGGCUGGGCAGUUAUUCCAACUUCCGGUCGGGGCAUUUCCCUCCUCCCACUCUACGCAGAUACGGUGGCCGAGGAGGCUCGCGGGUGGUGGAAGUACCGGGAAAGUGGGUGUGCGUGCACCGUCCGGGCCAGAGGUGCACGUGGCGCCGGUAGGAGAGAGCAUGUCUUUUCGAGGCGGAGGUCGUGGAGGCUUUAAUCGAGGUGGUGGAGGUGGCGGCUUCAGUCGCGGCGGCGGCAGCAACAACCACUUCCGAGGUGGAGGCGGCGGCAAUUUCAGAGGCGGCAGCGGCGGCGGCAGAGGCGGAUUUGGACGAGGGGGUGGCCGUGGAGGCUUUAACAAAUUCCAAGACCAAGGACCUCCAGAACGUGUAGUUUUGUUAGGAGAGUUCAUGCACCCCUGUGAAGAUGACCUUGUUUGUAAAUGUGUCACAGAUGAAAAUAAGGUGCCUUACUUCAAUGCACCUGUUUAUUUAGAAAACAAAGAACAGAUUGGAAAAGUGGAUGAAAUAUUUGGACAGCUUAGAGAUUUUUAUUUUUCAGUUAAAUUGUCAGAAAACAUGAAGGCAUCUUCCUUUAAAAAACUACAGAAGUUUUAUAUAGAUCCAUUUAAACUGCUCCCACUGCAGAGGUUUUUACCUCGACCUCCAGGUGAGAAAGGACCUCCAAGAGGUGGUGGCAGGGGAGGUCGAGGAGGAGGAAGAGGAGGAGGUGGCAGAGGCGGUGGUAGAGGUGGUGGUUUUAGAGGUGGAAGAGGAGGAGGUGGAAGCUUCAGAGGAGGAAGAGGGGGUGGUGGUUUCAGAGGGAGAGGACAUUAAGUGUAACAGUGGACAGACUUCACCAUUUGACUUCUUUGUUACCCUGCAUGAUCUCCUUCUUGUUUCUUAAGCAAGUCUUGAAGAACUGAUCAUUUUCUGAGAGUGGAAUUACGGUGUUAACAUCAUGCCAAAAGGAGUCCAGUAAAGUGGUUACUCUUGCUCUAGAAGAGCAUGAACUCAGCCUUUUAAUGUUUUAGAUGCUGUCUGGCGCUCUGUGGGUGCUUAGCAAAUGGACAGUUUUCUUUUGAAACCUAUUCGAAUUUUUAAAAUAAAGUUUUUAUAUUCCUUUAAGUUAUUUAGAGCUGUGUUUUUUUUUUCUUAUUUUUUAUUAAACCUAGCCUAUUUUUUAAGCUAAAAGGAACAAAUAAAGCUUAUAUCCAGUAGAUUGCAGACAGAAAAAAGAAUUUGUGUCCAUUACUGAUCUUUUAAAUAGACUGUUGCAGUAGUAGUACUUAAGAAUUAACAUUAUUUUUGAAUUAACAACCUCUUUUUUCUAUGAGAAAACUUAGUCCCCUUUAUCGUAUCUCCCUUCCGUAUGUUAGUGCAUACUACGUAGUACAUAGUACGUGAGUUAGGAGAGUUGUUUUCUAAGUGCAGUUAGUUGUUGAUUAGAGAAUGUUAGUAAUAGUAAUCUGUGAAGUUGGAGCAGUCUGCUCAGGUGGGAACAACAAUUCAAGAAAUUUCUGAGGAAAUGUUAAAUUUUCUCAUUCAGUAUAGAUAGAAUAUUGAGUUUUUACUGAAUGCUCUUUUACCUUCUUAAAAAAGUAACUCUAAAGCUUUAAGAUGUUAUUCUCCACAAUUAAGUAUUUGAUUGCCUACUACAUGUUCAGAUUCCUGGGCAGGGAUGUUACAAAUGAGAUUAGUUUUGGUUACCAUUGCUAGUGUAGUUUUAGAGGCUAAAGACAUAAUGCGAUCUAGAAUACCAUGACGUAUCAUCGAACCUACCAUUGACUUUUUCCCCCUGCAUAUGUGUUACUCCUCAGAAGGAAUGCUGUUUCUGUCUUAAGUUUUUUAGAAUGCUGUACCUAAUUCUUGAAUGGUUAUUUGAGCAGGAUGGUGGGAAUUACACAGGGAGAGGUGGCUGUGUUUUUAUACCCUAGGAAAGGGAGGUGUAUUUAUUUCAGAAUACGUGGGACGACAUUUUCAAUGAGACUUGGGGCAGGAUUUUUAUUCUUGGUUUGUAAAAGAUAAUUUAUUAUUAUUUUUUGGUUGUGCACCAGAGAGGUAAUAGACAUUGUCCCAGGGACAGAUAAUAGUGCAACAUUGCACACUUUUUUUUUUUUUUACAUUUUCCAAACAAUCUAAAAGGAGCUUGUACCUUUGUCCUUAGAUACAUCUUGGGUCAUUGGCUUCUUUAAAUUUCCAUAUCCACGUCUUAUUUUUUUUUUUUUUCUUCGUCAUAGUAGUUCUUUCUGAGUUUCCUUGUUUUGAGUUGAGUUCCUAUUUUUAGGAACCUUGCAUUAAUAAAUUUGGUAUUGUGGUAACUGUCAUUGAGUUCCAUUGUAAAGAUGACUUUGAUGAUUAUUUACAUUCUAAACCUUUUGAGUUAAAAACUGAUUAAUAUUCUGAUUCCCUACAUCAUGUUAAAAAGUGCUUGCUGCCGUAGCAAUAAAACAGUUUAAUGGAGUAAAAACAUUAAUAUGCUCUGGUAUUUCUGGAAAAUUGGAAAUCACACGGAGGACUGACCUUAGACCACAUGAGGAAGGAUGUGAAAUUAAAGCAUUGUGGCCAUAUAAACAUUAAUAUAGGUUUAUAGUUACAUUUCUUAGUAUUUUUAAGCCACGUCUUUUUUGUAUGGGGCAGUUCUUAGUGUUUCUAAGCUACGUCUUUUUUGUAUGGGGCAGUUCUACUCUGUCCCAUCGUAUCACUAUGAGUCGGAAUCGACUUGAUGGCAGUGAGUUUUGGAUUUUUUUGGUAUGGUGAAGAAAGCACAUUGCCUGUCCCUGCCCUGCUCAUCUGUAAAACCAUCUACAGCACAAAACUGACCAUCUUCGGAAAUAUUUUUCUUCAGUUCUUAAAAAGAAUUAUUUCUGGCAAAUUUCUACAAAUGGUCCCAUUGCUGCUGAGUCGAUUCUAACUCAUUGCAACCACACAAAUGGUAGAACUGUGUGAUCUAUUACAGAAAAGGAAGAGAUUAGGAACGAAAGCAUAUCAAAAGUUUGUUUUUAUCUUGUGUACCGAGUGCAAAAAAAAAGUACUUAAGACUCCACAGCCUAUAUAUUUUUAAAAGGAAGAGUUCCUCUUUGAUAUUUAUUGCUUUAGGGUCAUUUGAGAAUAUUUUCAUACUUCUGGAAUAUUGAUGAGAUUCACUCUUACACUUAUCAGAAUAUGAUUUUACAUUUACAGAAAUUUGGGUAAUGAUGGCUAUAAGAUCUGGGACAGAUUACCAAACCUGGUUCAACCUCUUCGGUUUAUAUACAGGUGAAAGAACUGAGGUCAAAAGGAUUAUUUUAGGUCCCUUCCUGCUUUGACAUCCUGAGAUUUACAAAAUUAAGUAAGUGGAUAAAUAUAGCCCUCUAGUGGUUCUGUCACAUGCUUACAAUGUUAACUUUGGCGCAUCUAGCAUUUCUUUCAAGUUCUCACUGAUUUUAAGUAAUUCAAUAUUAAGGAGAAUCAGAUUUUCUUAUGUUACCUGGUAUAAAAAAGCAUGGGAAAAAAAGUGGUAGGGAUACCUUAUUACUCUAACAGUAUACAUUCAUGUUAGAUUAUAACCCAUUUCUCAGGUUAUAACAAAAUGGUUCAGAGUAUUAGCAUUA